AUGUCGUCCCCGUCGCUUACCUCGGACGAGCUCCACCACGAGAAGGGCUACACCUCGCACCGCGAGGCCGUCACCGCCGACGACGUUCCUCUGCUCGCGCCCGACGAGGAGAAGCGGCUCAUUCGCAAGAUCGACCGCAAACUCGUGCCGUUCCUCUCGCUCCUCUACCUCCUCGUCAACAUCGGACAGGCUCGUCUCGACGGCCUCGAGAAGGACCUCGGGCUCGUCGGCAACCAGUACCAGGUCACGCUCGUCAUCUUCUUCGUCAGCUAUGUUGCGCUCGAGGUGCCGUCCAACAUCUUGCUCAAGCGCAUUCGCCCGUCGCGGUUCAUCCCGGCCAUCAUGAUCGCGUGGGGCAUCGUCAUGACGCUCAUGUCGCUCGUCACCAACUACGCCGGCCUCCUCGUCGCGCGCUUCUUCCUCGGCCUUACCGAGUCGGCACUCUUCCCUUGCUGCUGUGCGUCCUCGUCCGCCUUCUCGUAUCGUCCUGCAGCUACUUACCGGCACUAUCUCGUCAGCUGGUACAAGCGCAGCGAGUCGAACGUUAGGAUCGCCAUCUUCUUCUCUUCUGCGACGCUGUCAGGAGCCUUUGGGGGCAUUUUGGCGUUUGGGCUGUCGCGCAUGCACGGCGUCGGCGGCAAGCCAGGCUGGUUCUGGAUCUUCUGCCUCGAAGGAUUGUUGACGUUCAUCGUCGGCUGCAUUUCGCCGUGGUUCAUCGAGGACUUCCCCGAGGACUGCAAGUUCUUGACCCCGACCGAGAAGGCCCAGGUCGUGCGGCGUCUCCAGCACGAUGUCGGCAAGUCUGGCGAGUUCCGCAAGGAGCACAUCUACAACGCCUUCAAGGACUGGCGCACCUACGUUUACAUGCUCAUCUACAUCGGCGUUGCCGAGCCUCUCUACUCGCUCGCCCUCUUCACGCCGACCAUCAUCAGCGAGCUCGGCGUCUACACGAGGUGGCAGAGUCAGCUCCUCUCGACGCCGCCCUACGUCCUCGCCUUCCUCGUCACAAUUGCGGCGGCCAAGUACUCGGACAAGCUGCGCAGCCGUGGCUGGGUCAACGUCUUCUUCAUGUCGGUCGUCGUCGCUGGAUACGCCAUCCUGCUCGGCGUCAACCCGGCCGACAAGCCGGGCGUGACCUACUUUGCGCUGUUCCUCUGCGUCGCCGGCGUCGCGCCAUGCAUCGCCAACACGAUCACGUGGUGCGGCAACAACCAGGCGCCGACGCUCAAGCGCGGUACCGCCAUGGGCAUGAUGUUCACUCUCGGCAACUCGGGCGGCAUCAUCUCGUCGCUCGUCUACUUCACCGAGGACAAGCCGCGCUACUUCCGAGGCCACGGCAUCGGUCUCGGGUUCGCCGCUAUGGCCGCCCUUCUCUCGCUCUUCCUCAGGUUCAACCUCGCCGCCGAGAACCGCCGUCGCAACGAGAUCUGCGGCACGACGACCGACGAGAUGCAGAGCGAGUACGGCGCCGACAUCAUGAGCCGCGUCCACGAGCCCGAGGUCGCGCGCCGUUUCGGCCUCGAGGGCUUGACGGACCAGCAGAUCGAGGAGCUCGGCGACCGCUCCCUCACGUUCCGCUACUACACGUAG